UGAGAGAGAGCUCGCUGGGCUCCUCAAGCAUUUCCAGUUUUUAGGUCUUUCGGCAUCCGGCACCGAUUGUUGUUUGCAGGGCCCGAUUGGGUUGCAGAGGGAGGGCGCGCAGCGAUGAGGGGUGCGGCAGUGCGGAAGGCGCGUCUCGUCAAGCUGCUUGCGCAGCAGCAGACCCAGCGCCUGCUUCGCACCAAUGCGGCGAAUCAAGCUGUGCCGAGGACAGAGUCGACGCAAGCAUCCAGCUCCGGAGGAGUGUUGUCAUGGCUCCUCGGCGAGCGCGCUACCGCUCCCGUGCCUGCACUGUUCGAGCCGCUGCAAGGAGUGCACAUGCCACCUGCCUUGCCCGACGAUGUUAAGCCUAAUGAGACCAAGGUCACAACCCUAGCCAACGGUGUGAAGAUCGCGUCGGAGAUGAUUGCCGGGCCUACUUCCACCAUCGGGAUCUUUAUUGACUCCGGCUCGAAGAAUGAGACCCCUUACUGCACAGGCGCAUCGCAUCUGUUGGAGCGUAUGGCUUUCAAGAGUACCGCCAACCGCUCGCACUUUCGCCUCGUGCGUGAGGUGGAAGCCAUUGGUGGAAACGUGAUGGCUAAUGCCUCCCGGGAGCAGAUGUGUUACACCGGAGACACGAUCAAAACGUUUAUGCCGGAGAUGGUUGAACUUCUGGUAGACACUGUGAGGAACCCUUUGUUCAACGAAUGGGAAGUUCAAGAGCAGCUGGCUAAGGCGAAGGCUGAGAUUGCAGAGUUGGCGAAUAAUCCACAGGUGGCGAUUUAUGAGGCUAUUCACUCAGCUGGAUACGUUGGGGGUUUAGGUCAACCCCUCAUGGCACCUGAAUCCUCUCUGGGGCGGUUGAACGGUGGAGUUCUUCACGAUUUUGUGAAAGAGAAUUAUACUGCGCCUAGGAUUGUCUUGGCAGCUUCCGGUGUGGAUCACGAAGAUCUGCUUUCCGUGGCAGAACCAUUGCUCGCUGAUCUACCUUCUUCCGACCAGUCUAUUCCUGUGGAGACUCAUUACGUUGGUGGUGACUGGCGGCAAUCUGUGGACUCUCCCAAAACACAUGUUGCAAUUGCAUUUGAAGUUCCUGGGGGUUGGAGAAACGAGAAGGAUUCCUAUGCUGUGACUGUCUUGCAAACACUCCUUGGAGGAGGGGGGUCUUUUUCUGCUGGUGGUCCUGGAAAGGGAAUGUACUCUCGAUUGUAUACAGGGAUCCUGAAUAAGUGGGAGCAGGUGCAAUCGUUCACAGCGUUCAACAGCGUCUACAACGACACUGGUCUCUUUGGAAUCCACGCCACUUCUACUGGCGAUUUCGUUCCAAAACUGGUGGACCUUGCUUGUGAACAGCUCGAACUUGUUGCAACUCCAGGAAAAGUGACCGAAGCUGAAUUGCAGCGUGCCAAGAAUAGUACUAUUUCUGCAGUUUUGAUGAACUUGGAGUCACGCGUUGUCGUGACGGAAGAUAUUGGCCGUCAAAUUUUGACAUAUGGACAUCGCAAGCCCGUGGCCGAGUUUAUCCAGAGUGUCCAGGCCUUGACUUUGCAAGACAUUGCUGACGUUUCGAGCAAGAUCAUAAGCACCCCACUUACAAUGGCGUCUUGGGGAGAUGUUGUGCGAGUUCCUCGUUUUGACGCAGUUGCAAGCCGUUUCCAGGAAUAGAUAAUAGAUUCGUAAUUUUGUUUGGCUUCCUGCCGAAAUAAAUGGAGAAACACAUUCACACCUGAACACAUCUUGAUAAGAGCAACUGAGUAAUCGUUCGUGUGUUCAUCUUUGCUUAUGGCAGUGCCAGUGCAAACAGGUUUUCCCAGGUAUAAAGAGUUCACCGCUCUCGCGCUUUCGAAUCAUGUGGACCAUAGGUUGUCUAACUCCUGAUAAUGAUUGGAAUAAUGACUAGACCCAAUUUUCAAAGUUCAAA